UACUUAAUCAUACUUACUCAUUAAUGGUGUUUUAGUUACAUGUUUGAUGAACUUUUCCCUUUUACAGAUGGAGCCAUUGAUCAUCACAAGUCAACACAGAUAGACCAGCUACAGACCAGUUACAACACCCUGACUAAAGAGAGAGACCAGCUACAGACCAGUUACAACACCCUGACUGAAGAGAGAGACCAGCUACAGACCAGUUACAACACCCUGACUGAAGAGAGAAACCAGCUACAGACAAGUAACAACAACCUGACUAAAGAGAGAGACCAUCUACAGACCAGUUACAACACCCUGACUAAAGAGAGAGACCAGCUACAGACCAGUUACAACACCCUGACUAAAGAGAGAGACCAGCUUACCAAUUGUAAACAAACCUGUCCUGAAGGCUGGCAGAAGUUUGAAUCCAGUUGGUACUUCCUGUCUACUGAGACUAAAACCUGGAAGGAGAGCAGACAGGACUGUUUGAAGAGAGGAGCAGACCUGGUGAUCAUAAACAGUGAUAUGGAACAGGAGUUUCUCUUCAAACUCAAGAAGAGAGUCUGGAUUGGUCUGACUGACUCUGUUAGUGAGGGGACUUGGAAAUGGGUGGACGGCACCCCACUGACCAACCCAAGGUACUGGAAUGACCAUCAGCCUGAUAGUGGAGAUCCUAGUGGGGAGGAGGACUGUGUUGAGAUACAUAAAGAUUGGAUCUUUCCACUUAAGGCAUGGAAUGACAUGCCAUGUGACUGGAAACUCAACUGGAUUUGUGAGAAAGUGGUUUAACAUCAUCCUGACAACAUACUGUAGCCUGCAGUGCACACAACUUCCUCCUUCAUUCUCUCUCUCUCUCACACACACACAGAUAGAGCCUCUGUCUUGAUCUCGCUCACACACUCUGCCUCAAUCCCAAACACACCCUUACACAGAUUUUCACACACACGCAAGCACACAUGCAUACACGUACACACACACACAUGCAAAUGCACCUAUUAUUGUAUUUGUUUGUAGUAUCUUAUUGAUAAAAGUCCUACUUAUUUCCUGAUUGU